UCAGAUUUAAGGACGGCUAUAGCUGCCAGCUCAGAAAACAAACAAACUAAAUAGCUUAUUUUUUAUUAUAUAUAAGCUUAAGCUUAUAAAUAAGCUUUUCUUAUGUUUUUUAUUGACAAAUUAAAGUCUAGACAUGAUAGACAGGUGAUGUGAAAGUCAACUCAUCUCUUUAGAGACAUGAAUAAUCGAAUAUAUCUAAACGCGUUUCUGUUCACCCGGUUACUGUUGACGUCAUUUUGACGACCUCUGCUUCAGAACCGGAAACGUGGAAUUGAAUAGGUUCACGAUAAACUGUUCUUUUACGAUAAACAGGAAUUUUAUGUAUAACACGUAUUAAUUAUAUCUGGAGACCAUGAUCAUCGGUCACUGUUUCAUCAUUGUGUUUGCAGUGCUGAUAAAUAAAGUGUGUCUGCAGGUCACAGUCGAGGGGGUUAUUGGUGGUUGUGUUGUCCUGCCAUGUUCUUCAGCUCAACAUGAUCUUAAACUUCAAGAUAUUGAUGUGCACUGGAGAGACACAAAUGACAAAAUUGUUUAUAGUAUAAUCAAGGGUAAACAAUCAUUAGCGGGACAAGACCAACGGUACAAGAACAGAGCUGAUACUUUUCCUGAUGAGUAUCAGAGAGGAAACUUCUCCCUUAAACUCAACAACCUUCAACACACCGAUGCAGGAAAAUACACCUGUUUCAUCACACCCUCAGACGAACAAGAGACUGCAGAGCUGAUCCUCAAAGAAACAGGACACAACCCCAGUGAUCAAGGAAACCACGGAGAAGAUUCAGGAGCAAACAGUGUGGGCAAAUCAGGGCCUUUGCUCUGGGUUUGCAUUUUAGCUAUUUACUACUAUUAUCCUUAACAGGGCUUAUAGUCUGUUUAAUCAAAAUUCACUUGAGAAAAAAAAAAUCAUUUAUUAUAUUAAGAUUAAUUGGGUCUGGUUUAUUAUUCAUUCAUUCAUAUUUUAAUAUGCUGUAUUGAUUUUUUAUACAGUGCUGCAAUUCCAUAGGCUAAUGCAGACGGUCCAGAGUGUCCGGUUCACAA